CAACAACAUUCGUCAUCGUCGAGUUGGCUGCCAUAUUGUUUAGAUUUGGAGGAGUAAUUUUUCGGGAAAAUCACCGUGGAUUUUUAGACUUCCCUCCUCUGUGUGGUCCAUGAUUAGUAAUGGCGAAAUCGAAGUCAGAACAAGUGCUGAGGCUUGAACCAACUUCAGAACUACGCUUUCGGGGUAAUUCUGUAGUGUCAUUUUAAAUUGCAUCGUUAGUCGUUUCAGACUUGAGUCAAGUACAGCUUAUGUUUAACUAUGCAUUCACCUGGUCAAUUUUACGUCUAGGAAAUUUCACCGAAGUCGUCACAGCAAACCUUAAACUCACAAACCCCUCCGAAAGGAAGGUCUGUUUUAAAGUAAAAACUACGGCUCCAAAGCGUUACUGUGUUCGCCCUAACAGUGGAUUUGUCGAAGCUGGUGGCGUGGUGGAAGUGGCCGGUAAGUUUAACAAUUUCACUUCCCACCUCAUAAAAUCGUAAUACAUAUUUUAUAACGAUGUCCCUUUUUGUUCAGAAGAUUUUGAAACUACCUAGUUCUUUAUUUGAAAAAAUUUACAAUGGUCUCUUUAAUUGUACAUUGAAAAUUUGUCCGAACGCAUGUUCAUAACCUUUCAAAUUAUGUUAAGGUUUCACUUGAUGAAAAGAAAGAUUGUUGUCUUCGUUAUAAUGACUCAAUUUGUUACACGAGUUUUUUUUGUACUUGAUGGUAUUUUUAUUAAACCUGUUGAUGCGGUUUCAAAUCUCGUGACUUGUUGUUUCAAACAAUACUUGUUUUAGCGUGAAAGGCAAUAAAGAACGGGUGAUAAGCAGAUCAUUAUUAUGUCUAGUCUCCAGUCAUCUCCAAUGUUUAGAUUCAAUAUUUGCAAAUUCUAUUGCUUUAGAAGGAAAUUCUGGUGUAAACUUGAGUAUCUUUUCCUAGGAGAAUUUUUUUUGCAUCCCUAUGUCAAUGUUCGCUCGCACGAUGAAUAAACCUGGUUACUUGCGGUAAAAGUUAUCCUGUGGAAACUUGCACUCGCGUGCUUCCCCACGUGAUUGUAAAAUUUAUUUGACAAGUAAGAUUUCCUUUAAGAAUACAUUAUUUGGCAGAUUUAACAUUUGAAAAGUAUUUUUUCAUUUGAGUUCAAAAUCUAAUCAGAAGUUUCAAGUUGUUCUGUCUUUUUGUUCUGAAUUUUGCAACAAGCCGAACAUUUAAUUGAAUUUUGUUAAAACAUGUGAACUCUAUGUAGGUAUGGGACAGAUGAAUGAAAAUUUUAAUGUACACUAAGUCCUGACUCUGUUAUCAUCCCAAAAUGUCUUAUUAUUACUGAAUUAUGCCUUGUGACUUUGAUUUAAUCUUCAAGUGCCUCUUCACAUGAUCAUGGCCAUUUACAAUGCCAUUUACAUGGCUCAGUUACAGAGAUAUCAAUUAUCAAAUUUGGUUGAUAUGUAAAAAUAAUUUCUUGCUAGUUACCUCAUAAUUUUGAUCAUUUUGCUUCAUUCAAAGUGGUUAUCUGUUGAAGAGGUUUAAAUAGUUCUUUUUCCCAGUUAAUUUGGCAGUAAUGCAGAAGUGUGUAAAAAUUAAUCAACUUGUGAUUUCUAAUACAACUUGGAACAGAUAGGGAUAUUUCCUGAGAUAUACUAAUAUACCUGCAGGAUUGGUUACUUUUGAGUAUACUUGACAACCAUUCAUCUCAGUAUUGGUGGCUAGUGAUGGAUCUAUAUCAAGCUGCAUAGUGGAGGAGUAAAAAUAUCUGCCACUCACCACCAACACUGAGAUGAAUAGUUGUUUAAGUAUAUACUAAAACAGUGAUAUAAUAUUGCAUAAAAGAGAUGAUUUUAACUUGUGUAAUCCUGGAACAAUUAUAAUAUUUUUGGGCACAAAUCCUGGCAAGUUUCUUUGAGGUAAAUAGCAAAGGAUAUUCAAAGGUUGAAUAGCCAAUCAGUAGCCUUCAAUGCUAUCUACUGUUUCAGUAUAUACUUAUGAUUGUUAUCAUGUCAAGGUUUUUACCAAGUAGAGGUUGUGUAAUUUAUCAAUUUUCAGUAAGGCCACUCUUUACAUUUAUGCCUGUAGCCUACAGUGUAUGUGAUAUAAUUUUUAUGAUGUUUGAAUUGUGAUCUUACAGUGAUGCUACAGCCAUUUGAGUAUGACCCCAAGGAAAAAAGCAAGCACAAGUUCAUGGUGCAGACAAUGUUUGCUCCCGAAGGAGAUGCAGAUCAUGAAACUUUGGUGGGUUGUUGCACAUUACACAUUUCUCAACUGCAAGUAUAUAUUGAUGAGGUUGAUUAGUUGGUCCCUUCUAAGCAUGUUAUUUUCUGAUACAUUAUGGAAAAUAUACAUCUUCCAUCUCAGAACCAGGAACAGGGAUCCUUUCAGCCCCUUUCUUAGAAAAAUAUCUGGAUUAUAAAAUUUCUAAUGACAAAUAUUGCAUUUCUAGUGUUAAAAUUAUUUCACUCUACUCUGGUUAUCAGCUCAUAUCGCGAGUCAACUGAUAUGGAAAUGCAUUGCACCAAAUAUUGCAAGGCUGAAAAAGCUCGAAAUAUCCAAACAUUUAGGACGUAAUGAAAUUUAAUAAAACAUUUGUUCCAUUUGUGUUUUUUGGAUGUGAGAUUUGUUAUUGCUAACUCAGUGCCAUAUGCCUCAUUUGAUAUAUACCAUCUCGUAUCCAAAGCGCACUAAAGGAGUACCUGGAGGUAAUUGUUUAUUAAUAAACAGCAAUAAUCAAAGUGUAAUGAAGUGCCUUAGAGAAGUGUUUUCUCAACCAACAAAAUAUCAUUCCACUGUCAAUUAACCUAUCCCUAACUAGCAGUUCUUCUUAGCUUACAGCAUUCUCUCUAUGUGUAGCAUCAAAUUAGAAGUUAGCUAUUUCUCCUCAGUUGGUAAAAAUGCUGAAUCUUGUCCAGGGACAUGGGAAUGAACACAAAAAUUCACUGUUCACAAACUUUUCAAGAAACCUUUUGGGUAAUCUUUCUGCCCAAUGAUGAAAAAGAAGUUUGUAAGGUCAACAACAGCUGCCUUCUGAAUGGCAACUUGUACAUAGAAUGAAUAUUCUAUUUCAUACCUUAAACAAAUGCUUAUCAAGUUUUUUUAAUCUGUGUAAUACAAUUCUAACUGAAUGGAGAUGUGUGUACUUUGUGAAAUUUUAUGCAGACUGGUCACUUUACCACAGGAUAAUCACCCAACAUAGGCAGUGGGUGCUAGUGAGUCCAAAAUGGUAUCCUCACAUGAAAUCCCGUGGCAUUCAGAUCAAUUCUUUAAUAAAACAACAAUGUAGUACAUGUUUAUAUCACACUUUUGUGUUAAGUAUUUUACUUUUUUUAUUUUUGACAGUGGAAAGACGCUGACCAGAGUCAAUUUAUGGAUUCUAAACUGAAAUGUGUCUUUGAGUAUGUAGAUGAUGGAGAAGGCAAUACAGAGACUUCUGUAGGAGGAAAUGUAAGUGCUGUUAUGCAAGGUCUCUACCAUGGGAUGGUUUGAGAGAUUCUUGCUUGAUGGCCAGAUGUCUAAUGCUGUAAAAAUUGGCAGAGGGUAAAAGUUAAUGACAACAUGGUCAACUUGGAUUUAGUGAAAGUUCCUUCACACAGGGCUAUCAGUAGCUUAUCCAUUGUUUCUAUGGGAAAGUUGUUUUGAAGGAGCUCUCUGUCUUUUCUUUGAGUACUUUAAAAGAUAUGUUUACAUGUACCUGUAUCAUGUUCAAAUAAUAGAAGUUCUCCUGGUUUAAAUGGGCUUGCCCAUCACUCACAUACAAAGAAUCCACUUGCUUAAUAACUUUUGGGAUUCCUUUUUUUCCAGUUGUCAGUCUUUGUGGUCUUUUUUCAAGACAUUGAGCUCGUCAAAUCACCUGUCUUAAGACGAUUCUUACAAAAAUGUACUAAUCUUGUCCAUAAACUUUCGGAACUGUAAUUAAUACGGCUUUUCUAUGUUGUUUCUGUUUUUCACUUUUCUGAUAACAUGUGUAAGUCUUAGCUUUUAAUGAUUUUUAAAUUCUUGUUACAGACAGGCAAAAUUAAAAAAAUUAACAUGCUUUAUCGUUGAGAGAGACAGCCUUCAUAUGCAUUAAGCAUCACUUGAAACUACUUAGGGUGAAAAAUGUUCACAGUUUUAAAUGGUAACUAUUUUGCACAAUGCACCACAGUUCAUAGCUAAAAAUAACUGGUGAUUGUCAGCUUUUUCAGCUUAUAUCUAUGCUUCUUGAUUCUUACAGUGGAUAUGAGAAAUUUGACAUCAACUCAUAGCCAGUCAGCAAUUGUUGUAUACAUUUUUUACCUUGUGCUUACACUUUUUAAUUUCCUCUACUACUGGAUCUCUUGUGGCAUGGCAGGAAAAUGAGGUUGCAAACAAAGAGCAGCUCAAGGUUCACAAGACAGAGACUAUGGCUGAGUUCGAGACCCCAGCCCCUAGUUCUACUAACAUUCCAGGUAGCCCUUAUAAGGAGCAAGGAGUGGAGGUUACAACAUCAACAAGAUCAUUGCAGGUACCAUCCUUUAAGAGUAUGGUGCAAGAAGAUUUUGAUUGCAUGAAUUAGUUUGCUACACUAACAGCAUGAUGAUUCCAUUUCUAUUCAUGCAAUAAAUUAAAGUUCUAUGAACUGACGAAAGUAGAUGUAACUGAAAAACUGGUAAUCCUGUCCAAUGGAUGUGCAUGGAGAAACCAAUGGUCUUGGGAUUUUUUUUUUUUUUUUUUUUUUUUUUUUGUGUUGGGGGGGGGGGAGGUCCUACUAUUUACAAGGUGUAUUUUUUUUUUUUUUAAAUGACAAUAUGGGAGUAUUUAGCAUUGGCUCUCAAUGUUGACAGCAGGGUGGAUGGGUAAGCAAGUUCUUAAAGUACUCUAUUUCCUCACACAAGCGCCCAUACUCUAAUAAGUGCCCUCCCCCAAAUAAGCCAAGCACCCCUCUUAAAUAAGUGCCCACCUUCCUCCUACCAAUUUAAAGAGAGGGAAACGUUUCUGUUUAAGCAAUAGAAAGAGUUUGUAGCUGUGUUCAUGUUAAAUGUCCAAAGAACACCUUGUUCAGUCCACCAUCCUUGCUAGAGUAAUCUUUAUAUUUAUUUACACUUUUAUGUUCUGUUUAAUUUAUUGAAGGAGUAUUUGUUUUGAAAAUGUCUUUGAAAUAAACUUAAGAAUCAACGCUUAUUGAGGAAAAGAUGAUUCUUCAAUUUUAUCACUGAAACAUUCCAUCGAUGCUGUUUCAUUCUCGAUUUUUGUCUGAUUAUGAUUUUGUGAAUUUUUUGGUAGGGUGUGGAUGAAGGAAGAGGCUACAGCGAUGAGUUAGAAAAGCUGAGAAAAGAAAACAGUGAUCUUAGGGUAUGUAUUGUACAAUGACAUCCUAACCCUAUAGUUUAUGCAACUAAAAUUUACCAUUGUCAAACUGCUCUUUCGUGCAAAGUUUUCCCUGAUAAGCUCAUUUCUUGUCUCGGUUUGAUUAGGACGUAAUGAAAAAAAAUUGUCAACAGUACUUGCCAAAGGAAACCCGGUGGAGAAUAAAAUUUCCCGUUACCUUUUGUAUUUUGUUUUAGAGGCCUCCCUGUCGAGUCCUCAAGGCUAGAAAAUCCUCCCCCUUUGGACAUGGAGAUUUGCUCAGUAUGGCAACUUAAGUUAUUUAUCCAACUAAGAUUUCUUUCAUGUAUAAAAGACUUGUGUCCUUUUUUUUCCCAUUGCUGGUACGUGUAGUAACAGUGAUGUUUUGUCUUAGCAGGCUGAAAUGGAUCAAGUUCGGUACAGGAAGAAUGUGGCUUCCCAGUCUUCCGCAACAACACAGGGUUCAUCGCCCAAGGUAUCUACACUCCUUGCACCAGACGACAGCGUCAAUUUACCGCCAUCGGUUAUUGCCUACAUCGUCUUAGCCUUGAUAUUCGGUGUCGUCAUUGGCAAAUUUAUCCUGUAAGAGACAGUGGAUCUCGAAAAUAUUUUAACGCGUUAUAGAGCAAAAUGAACAGACGAAAAAGUUACCAUCAUGAAACAGAUUUCAAGUGUUUAAAUAUGCAGUUGACACUGUAACGCACAGAGAAAUUUUACUUUUAAAAGUUCUAGUGGUAAAUUAAGUCGUUGAACGAAACAUCUGAUCAAUAAUUACUUUUUCGCUUUCCCCAAAUCUCACAAUUUGAUCUCCCGUCUCUCUUGUACCAUUUGAAGGCAUUUACUAGCUACAGAAACAGUGAGUAAAGAAUAUAGAAUUGAAGAAUGUCUCGUCACGGCUUCACCUUAUUUUAAAAGAAAUAUUCAGUGUCCCUGAGUACGUACAUGGCAAAACACUGAUCGAUCAUUACAGGGGAGGGUAUCUUUUGACGCUUGAUUAAGUGGAUUGUGUCAUGCCAGUUAAAUUAACUUUGUUUAAGGUUUUGCUAAUAAUUCGCCAUAAAAUUGAACGUUGGCAGGAAAUUGACAUAUUUAUAACGUAUGAACAUUUUUAAAUAGCGUCACUUUCGCUGGUUUAAGAACAGGCUGAAUAGUUUUAAAAUGCCUCCGUGGUGAGAAAUCUUUGUUUUUAAUCUUGGUCAUUUGCUUGCAUCCUUUUUUUCUUUCGUAAUUGCUUUGUGUGUUGAUCGUUUUCACGAUGUUAAGGAGGUUAUUUUUCAAGCUUUUAUUUACUUAGCUAAAUUUUGUAACAGAAGUUCAUGUUCAGCAAACCCCCUAAGACCUUUCGUUUUCUCCAUAGAGACAACCCAUUCCGCGUUUUCAAUGCUUGCAAUGAAAUUCAGAGUAACGCCCAUUACUAAAACAUCUUCGGACGCUGCAAUCUUUUUUACACGCUACUCGCAACCUACUCCGUGAUAGAUAUUUGGAAAAGUGGGCAGCCUAUCUGUGCACGGUUUUAAGCAAAAUGAAUCAAAAACAGGAGACUCUCUUGUUGUUAAGUUCCGCGGAACGACUAGUGGUCUAGUCUAUUGCAUGAUUGUCUAUUUGGGCGGCGCUGUAAUAAACUACCAUGCGAUGGAGAUCCAGAGCUCGUAAUGUUUUUGAUAGAAAGCGCGGUGCACACCAGGUUGGCAGGGGGUAACACCGUCUAACAGCUCUCAUGGCAACGAGAGGAACUUGCAUAUUUUAGAUCAUCCGUUGGGG